AUGUCAAGGGUUCCAGUGGCUUCUGUUGAUAAAGAAAACUGGAAUGAAGAAGAAGUGGAGGAUGAUUCAUUUCAUCGGUUAGACCAUAGUGAUGGUGAGAUUAAUAACGAGAAACAGCCGGAACAGAAGUCUGCGAAUAGCAAGGCGGGCCAUAGAUUUGGUCGCUGUAUGAAAUGGUUGGAAGUUCCAGAGGAUGAGAGAACGACACUGAGUUUCUUGAGAAAUCCUGACCUUUUACCCAUUAGAAAGGAACAUCAAACAUGGGGGUUCUGGUCAAAUUUUGCCUACUGGGGGGUUAUGUCUUUCUCCGUGGGUACAUGGAUUAGUGCCUCUUCAGCGACAGAUUACGGGUUGAGUUAUCCUGCGCUAAUUGGUAGUUAUAUCGUUGGUGAUGUGAUGACCAUUCUUUUUACGUUGGGAAAUUCAUAUCCUGGUUUAGACUAUAAGGUCGGUUAUACACUGACACAACGUUUUACAUUUGGGAUUUAUGGAUCUGGUAUUGGUGUUAUCAUUCGUAUCCUGAUGAGUAUUGUCAAUUACGGUUCCAAUGCUUGGUUAGGUGGGUUGUGUGUUAAUAUGAUAUUAGACUCUUGGUCUCACCAUUACCUGCAUCUGAAAAAUACCCUAACUCCCCAUGUCAAGAUGGAUACAAAGCAAUUGAUUGGAUUUAUUCUAUUCCAAGUUUUAACAUGUUUUAUCUACUUGUUGAGACCUCAUCGUUUGAACUACGUUCUUAUUUGGUCAUGUGUAGCAAGUUUCUGUUCCAUGUUGGGAGUUGUCAUUUACUUAACCAGUAAAUGUCAUGGUGUAGGUCCAGACUUUAACUCAACUAAAUCAACUGCUACUGGUUCGGAUUAUGCAUGGGCUUGGGUUUAUAUGAUUUCUUAUUGGUUUGGUUCGGUUUCACCAGGUUCUGUUAAUCAAAGUGAUUAUUCAAGGUUUGGUUCUUCAAAGACAGCCGUUUAUCUGGGUACAAUUCUUGCACUAUUGAUUCCAACUACUAUUGUGCCAAUUUUCGGUGUUAUCGGUGCUUCUACUACACAUAAACUAUAUGGUGAGCAACUUUGGAUGCCAAUGGAUAUUUUUGACUAUUGGCUGAAAAAUGGUUAUUCUGCGGGCGCCAGAGCUGCUUCAUUCUUUGCUGGUGUUUCAUUCGUCAUUUGUCAAAUCGCUUACACGGCUCAAAAUUGUGGUUUUGCUACUGGUAUGGAUCUUUCAGGUCUUUUACCCAAAUAUGUUAAUAUUAAGAGAGGUGCCAUCUUUUGUGCUAUGUUGUCGUUUGCAGUACAACCUUGGAAUUUCUAUAAUUCUUCUUCCACUUUCUUAACGGUUAUGAGUUCAUUUGGUGUGGUGAUGACUCCACUAAUUUCAGUUAUGAUUGCCGAUAAUUUCCUAGUGCAUAAACGUAAUUAUUCGACCACUGAGGCGUUCAAACUUCGCGGUGAAUAUUAUUAUAACUAUGGGGUUAAUUGGAGAGCGGUUGUUGCAUGGAUUGUAGGAAUGACGCCAGGUUUGCCAGGUAUGGCUUGGGAAACCAAUAAUAACUUAUUCAACAAUAAGGGUAUAGUUAACUUCUACUACGGUGACUCAUUUUUCUCAUUCUUCAUAUCCUUCUUUGUUUAUUGGUUUUUGUGCCUUAUCUUUCCCUUUAAGAUUAACAUUAAGCAUGAUGAUAAGGAUUACUAUGGUGCAUUUAGUGAUGAAGAAGCCAGAAAGAGGGGUAUGGUUCCAUACAGUGAAGUUACCAACGAUGAAAUUGCUUAUCACCAUGACCAACGUGUACACAGAAGCGGUAGUACUUCCACUAAAAAUGAAAUAACCCUAGAAAACGUCAGCGGUAGUGACAAGGAAGAUCAUGAGAAACUUUCUCCUGGAUCUGAAUACAGCGGAUCGGAAGAAUCGGGGGAAAACAAAGAGAAACAAAUAUCAACAGAGGAAGUCAAUGAAAAUUCGUCGAGUUGGAGAAAUCGUUUUUCGUUUAAAAGUCCUAAUUGGAAUAGAGUCCAGCAACAGGCGUUCGGUAAGUUCAAGAAGCCGAAUUGA